UAGCUUGCGGCCUUGGGGUGUUGGCAGUUAGCUGAUAGGAUAAUUGGACAUUUGGUCCGGUGGCUUAGAACUGUGGAAGUCCCAUUCUUCGAAGUUUGAUGAGGAGAGGAUAGAAGAGAUCAAGAAAAUAGGAAACCGAUACAGGGAAAAACCCUCGAAAUCGGCAAAGAAUUUCUGAGUUUCACUGCAAUGACGAGCAGUUGGAGGAGGACUUUCGGAAACGUCAGAUCUUUUAUUGGUAACUCGAUGGGAGGUCUGAGAGGAGGAACCAAUCUCGCUUCAUGGGCUGUCGCGGGAACCAUAGCCUACUUUCUUUGGGUCAAACCUUCUCAAGAUCUCAAAAGGGAACAAGAGGAAAGGGCCGCUCUGGCUGCAGCUUCGGAUACUUAUCGUUACGUUGAAAAAAGAAAACCUGUUCCUGAUCCUCAGGAAACUGGCUUGAUAUAUGGGAAGAAGAACCCAACCAAGAAAUUGGACGAUUAACUUAGCUCAAGUUACUAAUCACUGUGAUUCUCUCAAGUUGGUGACUGAAGGAAAUUUACUUCUAAGCUGUUCAAUUAGUUGGUUCAUUUUCUUAUCAGCUUUAGUGAGAUGAAGCAUCUUUGCUGUGCUUCAUGUCUGACCUCAGCCAUCACAAGCAAAAUGUAGCUCUAGAUCUUGAGUUCCAUACUCCCUACGUGUCACCGCAGCUUAAUUUAUGGACAUUUUGACAAUAAAAAAUGCUUUGCUGUUUGUAUGGAGCAUUACGGUUCUGUCACUGGCUACUGACUGUAAGCAGUUGUAAUGGUGUAGCUCAUUUGUUGUGCUUUGUUUUACAUGCUAAGCCAUCACACAGGCUGUGUGGUGGGUGAGUUAGUUCAAUAAACACCACUUAAAUUUUUUUGAAAUCUGUUCCCACUUUUCAGUUAUCUUAUGCAAGGGAAUGUAAUAUCUAGUACUGAUGGCAUUACAGUGAGGAAGAAGUAGAAUAGAGCAAAUUCUUCCAAAAAUAUAUUGCAGUGAUGGGAGUAUGCUUUGACAUAAAAUUUGAACUCAGUUGUACAUUUCUACUCCUUAAUGUGAAAAUAUACUGUUUCCCUUA